AAUGCUAAAAUGCUUUUAAGAAAUAACUCAUGCUAGGCUUGUGCUACCUUUCUAUAUCAAGUUCGAAAGGAUUUUGGUCACUAAUAAUAAUUCUUUCAUUCAUGACAUUGGUCUAAAGCCAAAAGUAGAAUACCAGUGGGUGGAUCACGCCAUAUAUACUGUUCUAUAACACAAACAAAUAAAAGCAUGUAAUCUACAAGUCAUAAGCUAUAGUUUUGCAUUGGGACUUUCUCAAGUUCUGGCAAAAAUGUCUGAGAUGAGAGGAAUGGUGGAUGCAAGGACCAUAUGUGGAUUAUUGUUUUUGUUGUUGGCAUUCUAUUUGGCUCUUGAUCCACUGCAUUACAGUCCCAUUUAUGAUUUUCCAGACUUUAGAACAUAUUCUAUAGAGCAACCUGGUACAUGGAAAGAGUUGCAGUUUGGAUGGGACAAGCAGAAUAGAUUACAAGGUGCAGAGAUCAAAUUUCUCAACCAACUAGCAGGCCCAGAGUGUUUGGCAUUCGAUCCUCAAGGGAGAGGUCCUUAUACUGGUACUGGAGAUGGCAGAAUCAUGAGAUGGGAUGGCCCUGAAAACGGAUGGGCUGAAUUUGCAUAUACAUCUCCUAACAGGUCUUUGGAAAUAUGUGAACCCAAAGUUCCUGCUGUAGCAAACAUUCAGUAUGAAUAUAUCUGUGGUCGUCCUCUGGGAUUGAGAUUCAACAAAAGAACAGGUUACCUCUAUAUUGCAGAUGCUUACUUUGGAUUGCUCUAUGUUGGUCCAGAAGGUGGCCUGGCUACUCCUCUCACUAGUGAAGCAGAAGGGGUUCCCUUGAGAUUCGCAAAUGAUUUAGACAUAGAUGAUGAUGACAAUAUUUAUUUUACAGAUAGCAGUCACAAGUACCAGAGAAGGCAUUUUCUACAGAUUAUUUUUUCAACAGAAAGAUCUGGAAGAGUGUUAAAAUUCGAUGCAAAAACUAAACAAACUAAGGUUCUGGUGCAAGGACUUCAUUUCCCAAAUGGGUUAUCUCUCAGCAAGGACAAGAGUUUCUUUGUCUAUGCAGCUGAUUCAGGGAGGUUGAGUAGAUACUGGUUGAAGGGUCCAAAGGCAGGCACAACAGACACAUUUGCCAUUCUACCAGGUUUUGCUGACAAUGUAAGGAUAAAUGAGAAAGGAGAAUUUUGGGUGGCAUUACACUGUAGACGAAAUGCAUUGACAUAUUUCUUGGGAGCCCGUCCUGGCUUAAGAAUGUUGUUGUUGAGACUACCCAUCUCUGCAGAGCAACAGUACAUGGGAAUGGUUGGGGGAAAGGUUCAUGGCAUCAUAGCCAAGUACAGUAGUGAUGGAGAGCUUUUGGAUGUUUUGGAAGAUACAGAAGGAAAGGUUGUUAAGGCAGUAAGUCAUGUUGAGGAAAAAGAUGGGAGGCUGUGGAUAGGGUCUGUUCUCAUGCCCUAUAUUGCUACUCUUGAUAAUUAUUAGUCAUAUUUGGCUUGGAUCAACUCAUGGCCAAAGUAUGCUUCGUGUCUUCCAUUGAUUUUGGAUGGGACGAAAUUGCAGGAACGUUGGUUUAGUGAUAAGAGAUGUUUUGUAUGUAUACAACAAUAAUAACUAUUGAAUGUGAACUCUUUCGGUUGCUCUCAAGCCAUUUACAAUUCAUGAGUACAGGUUUUGUCCA